CAAGAGAAAAAGCACAACAUGAGGUCGGCAGAAAUUGUGUACGCCUGCGCCCUUGACAUGCCGCUGUCUCGCUAUUUUAAAACAGCUGCACUUGAAAGUGUUAGCCGCUGGAUGUCAAUCAAGACGACUCGAAUAACAUGCAUUCUUAAUAUAUAAAUUCACACAGUAGCCUUCGUGGAGUCUAAUAAUAUGUAAGAGCACCGUACACGUCAUGUGUAGCGCGAGCCAAAUCACUUGAAGUUCGCUGGACAUUAUUUCAUUUUCUUAUUCGGCAUACGGAGACUCUGCUCUAGAUAGCUCACAGUUUUUGAGAUGAUCAAUUUCUGCAAUGGCGAGGGGUCUGUUUUCACGGGCCUGGAUGUCAAAGAUUUACCACUUUCAGGCUCGCCUGUCCUAUAUUCGAGUAAAGUAUCUCUUUCUCACAUGGCUUGCUGUGUUUGUGGGCAGUUGGGUUGUGUAUGUGCAGUACUCAACUUACACUGAGCUAUGCAGAGGACGAGAAUGCAAGAGCAUCAUUGCAAAAGUUGGAGAGCAAGCCAACCUCUCCAGUUUGGUAAGCCUGAUUCUUUCAGUGGCGGACAGCAAUAAAGACGGCCACAUCUCUCUCCCAGAAGCCAAGUCCGCAUGGGCUUUGCUGCAACUCAACGAGGUUCUGCUAGCAGUGGUGCUCCAGGACCGAGAGCACACACCUAGAUUGUUGGGCUUCUGUGGGGACCUGUACGUAGUGGAACGGGUGCCUCACACUCCUCUGUACGGGCUCAGCCUGCCAUGGCCCAUGGAACUUUGGAUUCCUACGGGAAUGCGGCGAAACAUGGACCAGUGGUUCACUCCUUCCUGGCCCCGCAAGGCUAAAAUUUUUAUCGGCUUGCUGGAGCUUAUAGAAGACAUUUUCCACGGUACCUUUGGGAGCUUCUUAAUGUGCGACAUGAGAGCCAGUACUUUUGGUUACACCGAUCGCCAUGACCUCAGGCUGGUGGACGGGCGGCGUGUAGUAGCUGAGGAGGCCUUCAAACAGGCCAUGAUCCUUCAACGCUGUGAGGAUGAUGAGGACUGCGUCUACGGUGUAGACUGUAGGACUUCGUGCGACCGCGCAGAACACCGCUGCAUGGCCAAGGUGGCUCAACCCAACCUGGCCAGGGCUUGCGGAGCACUGAAGGAUUACCUCCUACGAGGAGCUCCGGUCCAUCUACAGGAAGAGCUGGAGAAGCAGCUGUACGCCUGCAUGGCUCUCAAAGGUUCAGCUGAGCAGAUGGAAAUGGAGCACUCGCUCAUUCUCAACAACCUCAAGACACUGCUAUGGAAACAGAUCUCACACACCAAUGACUCCUGAAGAGAAAUUAAGAUGCACUAGUGACAACAUUCAGAUUCUUGAAUGUCUUCUGAAGCACUUCAGGCCACUGUGAAUCUGGCUGGAGAUUACAAUGCUGGUAGCAAAGUGGCUGGAAAAUAGGCUGAUGGCAAUAUUCAUUGCUACUUUGAUACUUAAGUUAUUUUUCACGACGAAGGUAGAAUUAAAACCAUGAGGAAUUAUUGCUCAGGCUCAAUUUAAGAACUUAAGGAGUAACGUUCACUUCUUAGUUUCGUGUCUUCGUGCUUUGUUGUCACACAAUUGAACAGUGAUCAUGUUUAUUUUACACUUCCUUCAGAGUUCAUGAAGGAGCAAAUGACACUAACUUUGCAUCCAUUGUUGGAUGUUAACAUAGAAAGCACUCGCCACAGACUGUGGUUGUGUAAGUCUCCUAUUGUAAUGUUUGUUACAUGAGCACAGCAAAAAGAGCCAUAAAAGAGCCAUUUUGAAAUGGGCACAUUAAUCCAAUGCCUUGAUAUGCAUGUUGCCAGUGCGUGCGUUUUUUUUAGUUCGAUGCUUGUGGGUGAAAACGCCUCAUUCUUUGUACUUGGGCAAUUCUUGGAAAUGGUCAGACUGUCUAUGAUCUGAAAGUAACAGAUUGCAAUAAGGUUAAAUUUGAUAUAGUACUUAAAACAAGGUUAUAAAACAAUACUUUUAAAGCAUUAGUCUAUGUUAAUGUUAAUUUAUAUAUGUACAAAUACAUUUACACCAUCUCAAUUUGUAUAAUUUAACGUAUUACAAACAUGAAUUACCUUGGAAUAAUAUUUUGAAAUGAACAUUUUAACUUAAUAAAUGCUGUGAACUGCUAAUUAGUUUGUGAUACCUAAUCCUGUUUUAAAGGGUUAACGCAGCUCACACUACACAACUUUUGCCUGGAUUUUCAAGGUCUGUGACAAAACCCCUGGAUUGCAGCCAGAUCAGUGCUCGUUGUGGUUGCUGAUGGUGUGCUUCUGUGCGAUGCAAUGACAAGGUGGAACUAAUCCAGCCAACAACAGUCCAGAUGGUAUAAAUGGAAAAAUCUUGUAAUCACUUGCAUGCAAUUGUGAGAAAAUGUUGACCAAAUGUCUUGUAGUUUGUGAACCUCGUCAACAUUGUAUUGCGUAGCAUGCGUGCUGAUAUGACAAGAUGACAAGAAACCUCGUUGUGUAGUGUAAACACCACAGCAGUUCAGGUAGUCUUACAGUUCUGUAGUGUGAGUUUGCCCUUGUUGAUCUGAAUGUUUACAAGAGCGAGUCGUGUAAAUGAUGCUGGGAGGCCCUUCUCAACCAUGAUAGUUCAAAACAUUGAUCUAUUUUUUUUUUUGGUUUGUUGGUUUCCUAAUUUGUACUUCUAAGGCAUGCUUGUGAAAACCAUCUUGAUAUGGUAAAAAUUAAAUUUUAAUCUAAAAACAAUAUGAAAUGUUUAUCACAGUCAUUAUUCUUGAUGUACUUACGAAGAGAUUGCUUCAUGUUUUUAUGGACCAUUUUU